AUGGAAAACCGUGGCACGAUGGACCGAUACGUCACUGGGUUUAUUAGGGCUGUCCGCCAGUACGCACUCAACGCCCAACGGGGUGACGGCCAGCGGAUGGUCGAAGUGCUCGAAGCGCUGACCAAGAUCAACGCCGGCACCGAACGCCUGAACCAGCGAAUGGACGCCAUUGAAAAGACAACGAACACCGUACCCACAACUUUGUCCUCCACCGCGGCGAAUUCCGCGGCAGCGUGGCGCGACUUGCGAGCUAGAGACUGGCAGCGCGGUUUGGCCAUGGCUGCGGCACCUAACGCCCGUAGCAACGGCACGUCGUCUCCGGGGGUGACAGAAAUCGAGCUUCGCAAGCACCGCGAAGUCAUAGUGAAGGUCGGACCAAAUCGUGAACAGGUUCGCAGGCUCUCGCCGAGGGAGCUGGUCGAGCGGGCGGAGCAUCAAAUGGCGACGACUGCUUGA